CAAUUCUCUCGGGCCUUGAACCAAGUACAUUCGGGGCGGGGGAAGGAACAACCGCCAGUGCAAAUGCGCGGCGCAGCGCACAGCGGCCACAGGCAGUCAGUCUAGUCUCAAUCCCUGUUGUAUAAAGAAGCACUGGGCGUGAACACUUCUCUUUGGAAAGACAACGUCCAUACCUUGACCUCUUACGUCACUUUUAAAUACAGAAACCUUCCCGGACCUGUGAAUUCCAAUAAAAAGGCUCCAGGCGAGGACCGCGGUCAGUCGUUCAGUCUGGAUUUCUUUCUUGAAGCUCUGAGAGGCAAAAUGACAGUAGUGCUUGACGUGCAUGUCACCCUCAUAGGACAAUCUUGUUUGAAAGCAUGCAUUGUGGUCGUGUUCCACCUCCGUGUCUAUGCCUCAUUACUCCGAUCACUCGCCUAUAGGCUGAAUAGUCAUCCACGGGAGGCAAACUUCAUUGAAAAGGAAACAGCGUUUUAAUCCUCCCCUGUUGAGCAUCCAUGACUGAAUUCUUUGCCAGGAACAAGCCGUGGCAAACAUUAUUUUCGAAAAUCUCUUAACACCUCCACAUUGUGCUAAAUCAACUGCAAUAUGGCCAAAGAGGCGUUCUUCCCUGAAAUGACAUUUGGUGAAAGACACUUCAACUAUCAUGAGAUCAUAGAUAAUCCUCACAAAAAUAAGAGGUCAAAUCACUCAUCGGCUCACUGUCACUCUUCUCCUCAACUUGAAGAUGCACAUUUGUAUGAAGACUGGGAUGCACAGGAUCAGGCAGUAUGUAAAGGUGAAGAAUUUGAAGAUGAAUCGGAAAUGAAACAUGCGAGUGUUGCAGGCUGCGACUUCAACAGCAAACUCCUCUCGGUUAAUAAGGUGGAAAAUUCAGAUGAGAUGCCAAAUUACAAUGAUAACUUCACCUCUGUGCUUGCUUCGAAAUUUCAGGGGCCUAACAAAAAAAUGCGACGGAUAUCACUUGGAAGAAUUCCAAACCAUGUGAAGUGCUUCAGCUGUGAGAGGUAUAUAAAGGAGAGUCACUUUUCUGAGCAUUUGUUAUUUGGUGAAGUCAGGUGCGCAGAGUGUGGGAGUCACUUUAGUGACUGUCGGAGUUUUAUGGUGUGGGUAGCACAGUGUGCUGAGGGAGCUAUAAAAGUUUGCGAUCAUAGGUUUGUGUUUACAAAUGAUCCCUUGACUUACAUUGCAGGGAAGCUCUCUGUUGGCGGGGCAGUUCAUAGCCUAGUGGAUGAGGAACUUUUAAAUGAACUGGAGAGGUACAUAUAUAAAAUAAGAUCUUUGGAAAGUAGGCUUCCAUGGCAGCACGCAAUGGUCAAGUGCAAGGAGCACGUAGCUCUGGAAAAGUCUAAAAAGUUCAGUGCAGACAAUGACAGAGUGCAUUGCAGUGAACAUUUAAUAACUAAAAAUGAGUACAAAUCCAUAGAAGACUUAAGAAGUUUUACUGAAAUGCAAACAGUUUUUUUACCAAACACAUUUCAAGACGGCGAGGAGAUGCUGGAUAGUGGCCAAGAUAGUUCCUCUGCACUGAAUGACGAUGCGCAAUUUUAUGAAUUGACAGAAGCCGAAAUGUUCCAACCUAGCACAUGUUACAAGGAUAAAGAAUAUUUUGUAAAUUCUCAAGAACUUUCAUACAUUACGAGUACUGAAAUGGCAAGUUCUGCGUCCACUCGAGGCAAGUAUAACAAGGUGACCAAUCAUCCGUUUCUGGAUAAUACACAAUUUUCCGGUAUCCCCGUAAAUAACAAAGAAAUAGUUCCUGACAAUGCUCAGUCCUCGAAAACAGGUCACGAAACUGAUAAAUGUGGGACAGCGACCACUUCAGGUCACGAAACUGAUAAAUGUGGGACAGCGACCACUCCAGGUUACGAAACUGAUAAAUGUGGGACAGCGACCACUUCAGGUUACGAAACUGAUAAAUGUGGGACAGCGACCACUUCAGGUCAGGAAACAGAUAAAUGUGGGACAGCGACCACUCCUGCUUCUGAGUCUAACAAAUCUAACAGCCAUUUUAAAGAAAAAGUUUCCCCCAAGAAACAAAAGAAGAAACCUAGGCCCUUCUAUAGAAAAAAAAAACCAAAAGCCAACGUUUCGGUGAACUUAGUUCCACAACCAUCUGAUGGUUUUUAUUAUAUAACCAAAAAGCCUAUUGAGGAAUGCCCGAACUGUUACUGCAUAUUGUGUCCCUCAGCAAGUACAGUAAACUGCAGAACAUUUCUGAUUACAUUCAUUUGUCCUGACUGUAAUCUAGUUAUAUACAUAGCAAAUGAUGAUACUUACAUUAUUACAGACAAGGAGAGUGAAUCAUUGAAAAAACCUUUACCAGGCAAAAGCAAGAAACACGUUUCAAACUCAAAAUCUUGUUCCGACAAAAAAUCGUCUUUUCAAAAAUCAUCUUCUCUAACUACCAACCCAUUCAUCCUUAAAUAAGAUAGCCAUUAAAAAGUUAAGGAAAUAAUUAGUUUCAUUUUUAAAGUUU